UUUUAUCCGCACAGAACAGAAUAGAAUGGGAUUAGUUAAGACCUUGUUUGUUGUGCUGGUCACGAUUGGCAGUGCAUACGUGACCUACAUAAUCCACGACUCACUGGGAAGUGACCCAGUGCCGGAGAUCAAUGAUGAAUUUUGGGGUCCCGGAUCCAAACCGGGCGUGAUUCCGGGGAAUGAAGACGAAACAAUUAAACCUUUCAAAGUGGAUUUUACUUCGGAUCUUAAAGAUUUGAAAUCAAGGUUGAAAUUGGAGUUGGAUUCGAACAGGUUUGCGACGCCGCUCGAGGGGGUUGGAUUUGGUUACGGGUUCAACACGAUUUAUCUGAAAAAGGUUUUGACCUACUGGAUGGAAAAGUACGAUUUUGCUAAACGCGAAAAAUGGCUGAAUCGCCAUCCGCAUUUCAAAACCAAAAUUGGAGGUCUCGACAUUCACUUUCAACAUAUUAAACCCACGAAAACGAUGAACGACAAGUACAAGAAAACCGUGCCCAUCAUUUUCAUCCACGGAUGGCCAGGAAGCUUUGUGGAGUACCAAAAAUUGAUUGAUUAUUUCUUGGAACCCAAAAAUUCUGAGAUUAAUUUUGAGAUCGUGAUCCCAUCUUUACCAGGCUACGGAUUUUCUCAAGCUUCUUCCCGGCCAGGAUUGACUCCCGUCCGAAUUGCCAACAUUUUAGGGCGAUUAAUGAAACGACUCGGUUAUGAGAAAUAUUACACGUUGGGCGAAGAUUGGGGGAGCUUAAUAUCGACCGACAUGGGAAUUUUGUACCCAGAUCGAGUGAAAGGAACGCAUUUUUCCUGUUAUUCAUUCCAUCCAAUGGACCAAUUUAAGCAAUUUAUUUCCACAAUUUUCUCACCAACGACAACAUUUCCGAGUCCAAGAGCAAGAGAACGCUAUCUUCCAUUAUCAAAAUUAAUGGGAUAUUCGCUAAGAGAAAGUGGAUAUCUUCACAUCCAAGCUACCAAACCGGACACAAUUGGAAUUGGACUAACCCAAUCCCCCAGCGGUCUGGCUGCUUACAUUUUAGAAAAAUUCUCCACCUGGACGAAUGAAUCUUUCAUGGACAAAGAAGACGGUGGAUUGGAGCACAAAUUCACAAUGGACGAGUUAUUAGACAACGUGAUGGUUUAUUGGGUUUCGAAAUGCAUAACCUCAUCGAUGAGAUUGUACUCGGAGGCAUUUAAUAAUUGGCACACUUUCAGAAUCCCCGUUACGACCCCAACUGCCUGCGUAAUUCCGCCAGAAGAUGUAGUAGCAGCCUCGGAAGUUGGACUGAUGUCGAAAUUUCCAAACUUGAAGCAUUUUUCAUCGCCCAAUUCAGGUGGUCAUUUCCUCUCCUACGAAGCACCGGAAGUAGCAGCGAAGGAGGCGUUGAAAUUUUUUAACGAUAUCGAAUUUGACAAAAUUUAGAAAUAAAAUGAAUAAAAUUGUAUAAACUAAACUCAAUAAUA